CGGACGCGGCGGGGCGGGGGCCGAGGAGCGCUCCGGUCCGCUGGGGGAGCGACGGGCCCGGCGCCUCCGCGGACGAGCGGCGGCGGGAGAGCGGACACUCCUCGCCAUCGCCCGAGCCCAGGUUAUCCCGAAUACCACAUGCUUAAUAAUUUUCCUUGCAACGUUAGCCAUUGUUUUUCACUGCCUCCAAAAGAUCAAAAUUUCUCCGGAAAUUGGAGACAUAUUUGAUUUAAAAGAAAUAACUUUAACAAAUGGACAAUAUGUCUAUUACAAAUACACCGACAAGUAACGAUGCCUGUCUGAGCAUUGUCCAUAGUUUGAUGUGCCAUAGACAAGGCGGAGAGAGUGAAACAUUUGCAAAAAGAGCAAUUGAAAGUUUGGUAAAGAAGCUGAAAGAGAAAAAAGAUGAAUUGGAUUCUUUAAUAACAGCUAUAACUACAAAUGGAGCUCAUCCUAGCAAAUGUGUUACCAUACAGAGGACAUUGGAUGGGAGGCUUCAGGUGGCAGGUCGGAAGGGAUUUCCUCAUGUGAUCUAUGCCCGUCUCUGGAGGUGGCCUGAUCUUCACAAAAAUGAACUCAAACAUGUUAAAUAUUGUCAGUAUGCGUUUGACUUAAAAUGUGAUAGUGUCUGUGUGAAUCCAUAUCACUACGAACGAGUUGUAUCACCUGGAAUUGAUCUCUCAGGAUUAACACUGCAAAGUAAUGCUCCACCAAGUAUGUUGGUGAAGGAUGAGUAUGUUCAUGACUUUGAGGGACAGCCAUCAUUAUCAACUGAAGGGCAUUCAAUUCAAACCAUCCAGCAUCCACCAAGUAAUCGUGCCUCAACGGAGACGUACAGCACCCCAGCUCUGUUAGCUCCGUCUGAGUCUAAUGCUACCAGCACCACCAACUUUCCCAACAUUCCUGUGGCUUCCACAAGUCAGCCUGCCAGUAUACUGGCGGGCAGCCAUAGUGAAGGACUGUUGCAGAUAGCUUCAGGGCCUCAGCCAGGACAGCAGCAGAAUGGAUUUACUGGUCAGCCAGCUACUUACCAUCAUAACAGCACUACCACCUGGACUGGAAGUAGGAGCGCACCAUACACACCUAAUUUGCCUCACCACCAAAACGGCCAUCUUCAGCACCACCCGCCUAUGCCGCCCCAUCCCGGACAUUACUGGCCAGUUCACAAUGAGCUUGCAUUCCAGCCUCCCAUUUCCAAUCAUCCUGCUCCUGAGUAUUGGUGUUCCAUCGCUUACUUUGAAAUGGAUGUUCAAGUAGGAGAGACAUUUAAGGUUCCUUCAAGCUGCCCUAUUGUUACUGUUGAUGGAUAUGUGGACCCUUCUGGAGGAGAUCGCUUUUGCUUGGGUCAACUCUCCAAUGUUCACAGGACAGAAGCCAUUGAGAGAGCAAGGUUGCACAUAGGCAAAGGUGUGCAGUUGGAAUGUAAAGGUGAAGGUGAUGUUUGGGUCAGGUGCCUUAGCGACCAUGCAGUCUUUGUGCAGAGUUACUACUUAGACAGAGAAGCUGGGCGUGCACCUGGAGAUGCUGUUCAUAAGAUCUACCCAAGUGCAUACAUAAAGGUCUUUGACUUGCGCCAGUGUCACCGGCAGAUGCAGCAGCAGGCGGCCACCGCGCAGGCUGCCGCCGCCGCCCAGGCAGCGGCUGUGGCGGGAAACAUCCCUGGCCCCGGGUCGGUAGGGGGAAUAGCUCCAGCCAUCAGUUUGUCAGCGGCUGCCGGCAUUGGCGUUGAUGACCUUCGUCGCUUGUGCAUACUCAGGAUGAGUUUUGUGAAAGGCUGGGGACCGGAUUACCCAAGACAAAGCAUCAAAGAAACGCCUUGCUGGAUUGAGAUUCACUUACACCGGGCCCUCCAGCUCUUAGAUGAAGUGCUUCACACCAUGCCUAUUGCCGACCCACAGCCUUUAGACUGAGGUCUUUCACUGUCGGGGCCCUUAAUGUUGUCAGGAUGAUGGACUAUAAGAUACAAUCCUGUUUAUAAUCUGAAGAUAUAUUUCACUUUUGUUCUGCUUUAUCUUUUCAUAAAGGGUUGAAAAGUGUGUUUGCUGCCUUGCUCCUAGCAGACAGAAACUGGAUUAAGACAAUUUUUUUUUUCCUAUUUAGAACUUUUCAGGCAUGGCUCAGAGCUUGAAGAUCAGGAAAAACACAUUCUUAUUAAAUCCUCACCAGUUAUGUAUGAAGGAAUCAUUCCAGUGCUGGAAAAUUUAGCCCUUUAAAAUGUCUUAGAGUCUUUUAUAUGCAGAACAUUGAUACAUGUGUUAUUCUACAGAAUAAAUUCAAUAUUGCUGAUUUUAAAGGAGAGAAGUUCUCAAAGUUAAUUCACCUAUGUUAUUUUGUGUGCGAGUUGUUAUUGUUGAACAUACUUUACUCCAAAUAUUGUGCCAUGUGGGUGAGUUAAUUUUACCAAGAGCAACUUCACUCUGUGUUUAAAAAAUAAGAUAGUAAUGUAUUAUAACCUUUUAUCCAAAAUAUUUUUUUGCAAGUUAAACUAGUGAAGAUGAUUUCAAUUCAGAUGGUCUUGUAACUUCAGUUUUAUUUUUGCCAAGGCAAAACACUAAUCUGUGUGUAUAUUGAGAAUUCCUUACAUUACCCCACAGAGAAAUACCAUUUAAAAUUAACAUUUGUUAUCCCUGUUGGAUAACUAUUUAUCAAGAAAUACUCUUGCCCUGUUAUACAAUAGAUGUAUUCUUCUCUAUUUCUAGGCAUAAGGUUGGUCACUAAGUAGCCUAGAAGAGGAAUUUCUUUCCUUCAUGAAUUCAUAAGGAAAGGUUUUAUAUUUUUAAAAACACUAAAAGCAGUGUCACUCCACCUAAUAUCUCACUGUUCUGCAAAGGUGGCAAUGCUUAAACUAAAAGUGAGUUGAGUAUUUUGGAAACUGCUAAAUUCUAUGUUAAAUACUGUGCAGAAUAAUGGAAACAUUACAGUUCAUAAUAGGUAGUUUGGAUAUUUUUGUACUUGAUUUGAUGUGUGACUUUUUUUUCGUAUACUGUUUAAAUCAUGUAUGUUAUGACAUUGUUUAAAAUUCAGUUUUUGUAUCUUGGGGCAAGACUGCAAACUUUUUAUACCUUUUGGUUAUUCUAAGCCCUUUGCCAUCAAUGAUCAUAUCAGUUGGCAGUGACUUUGUAUAGAGAAUUUACGUAGAAAAGUUGCAAAUGUAUUGACUGUACCACAGACACAAUAUGUAUGCUUUUUACUUAGCUAGUAGCAUAAAUAAAACCGGAUCUCAACAUACCAAGUUGAAUUCUAGGUUUGAUUUUUAAAUUGUUUUCUUUUGCACUUUUGAGUUCAACCUCAGAAGCAGGACACCUUCUAAAUGACAGGCAGCGGCCAGUACUGUCCGGCAGCUUUGGUUUCCCUCACACUCUGCCAGGACUUCCCCGCGGACAUUAUGUAUCAAGUGUAGAGUUGGUUGGGUUUUGUUUUUUUUUUUAAGCUUUUAUUUUACUGUAGCAAAAUAGGCCUGAUUGUCUACAAGAUAAAUAGGUUGUCUACAGGAUAAACAGUGUGAAAUAAAACCAAGGGUUAUCUUUCAGAUCCUUUUACUUAUCGCUUGGUGGGCCUUCUUAAAUGUAAUAAGAUUCUUAAGGUGUGUGACAAGUUUGAGAUUUGAUAAGCACUAUGCAUAAUAGUCAUCCGUCUGUUGACUUGAAUGGGUAAGUUGUCUGUGUCCUUGCUCAGAAGGUCUUCUUCAUAAGACCAUUCUGGAAACCACUGAGUUUGCUUAUUGCUGUGAUGUAAACAUAGAUCUCGAUCCGAGCUACAUGUCUUUUGUUUUAAAAUAAUUUCUCUGCUGGCUCAUUUGAGCUCUUGAGUACUUACAGAUAACUUUUGUUAAAGACCUAAUUUUAAUCUAUAAAUGUUUGGUGAUUCAGGUUUUAUUGGCAGAUUUUUUAAAAAAAGAUAUCUUCAUUCUCUAGAAAUUGCUGACUUUAGGUCUAUUUUACUGUGAAUGAAGAAUAGGAGUGAAGGGAAAGAUUUUAAAAAUUCAGAUUAUUUGAUUAGGAUCAUUAGCAUGCUAUGCUAUCAUCCAUCACCUCCUUUUCUCCUUUAGGGAAGGUUUUCAUGUUUAGUCAUCUGGGGAAAGUAUGUGGAAAAUAUUUGCUAAGAAGUCUAUCUUUGAAGCCAAGCCACCUGUCUUGGUUUCUUUCUGCUAAGAGCCAUAAUGUUACUACCAGUAUGUAGGAGUUCUUCUAGUUAUUAAUUGCUUUAUAUUUGUACCUAGAUUCAGUCACCUGCUUUUGAGAACACAACUAGUAUGUUAAUGAUCAGUUAUUUCUGAGAGCUUAGUUGUCAAACAGUAUUUCCAUUUCUUAGAGGUAGUCAUCUUUGAUGAGUAAGACUCAAGAAUCACUAGGUUUAAAAUUUUACAGCUACUUUAGGGUAGGAUAGUUUCCUCAAUUCUCAGAAUCUGAUUAUUAUAAGGAUAUGGUUCUGGGUAGGUUUUCUCUAGCUAUUUUGUAUCUCAAUAUGUUGAAUUUCAUUGAAAGCUGAGUGAGAGUUGAAUCAAGUACCUUUAUAAUCCAGUAUGAGGCCAUUCCAUUUUGGUCCAGUGCCUUUUAGUACGUUAUCAAAGGGAAUCCUUAAUGGUGUUGCCUUUAUUUUCCAGGGAGUAGAUUGUUUUAUGGGAUAUAAGCUGUCUCAUUUUUUAUAGUAUGCUACCCCUGGUAUACAAAGAUAAUGAUAGUAAAUCACUGCCAUAUAACCUUGUUUUUCUAGAAGCACGGCUCAUUUGUGUCGACCUACUCACUAUAAAUAGGUCUCCUAUCACGAUUCCUCCUGUAACCAUCGUAGAUUUGCAGGCUGUGUGGUUAGCUUAAGGAUUACCAUACUCUAAUUAUCCAGGUAAACUGAAGACAUAUUAGCUGUGUUGUAUUUCAAAGUUAAAAAUUCAUUUUUGUGGGGAAGGGCAUGGUGUAAAGAGGGAUAUUUGUAAUGGAAAUUUUGAAGGCAAAAUAAAAUGCUCUUCCAGA